CCCCUGCGAGAGGCGUGUGCCCCUUCCUCCGGCCUCAGCAGCUCUGUCAGCUCCCCUGAUGGUCCAGCCCGACUUUGCAGCUGAGACGCAGACGAGCAGCACAUAGAAGCAGGCAGGCUGAGAGGCGCACGCUUGGAAGGAGGGGGGGAAUAAAAACGCACACCGCCAUGGGAUGCUGUAACAGAAGGUGCGGGCUGAUCGCCGGAGCCGUGUUUGGAGCGGUGGUAACCAUCCUGGGAGGCAUCCUCAUCCCAGUGGGGGACAUGAUCAUUGAGGAGACGGUGAAGAAGGAAGCCGUCAUCGAGCCCGGAACCAUAGCCUAUGACAACUGGGCGGCUGCGGGAGUAAAGGUGUACCGGCAGUUCUGGUUCUUUGAUGUGCAGAACCCAAGCGAGGUGGAGCAGGGCGCCAAGCCGGUGCUGGUCGAAAAAGGACCCUACACGUACGGGACAAGGUUUCUUGCCAAGGAGAACGUCACAUUCCUCCUCAAUGACACCGUCUCGUUCCUGCUGCCUCAAGGUGCCAUCUUUGAGCCCUCCAUGUCUGUAGGACCAGAGGCAGACAACAUCUCCUGCCUCAACCUUGGAGUGGCUGGAGCGUAUUCUCUUCUUCCUCACAAUGUGCUGGAACUGCUGAUCUCUGCGAACAAGGCGUCCUUGUUCCAGAAUCGGACAGUUCGGGAGCUGCUGUGGGGCUACAAAGACCCUCUGCUGUUCGGGAUGCAGAUGGGUCUUUUCUCACCUUACAAUGGAACUUAUGAUGGCUACUACAAUGUCUUCACUGGCAAGGAUGACAUCACAAAAGUGUCAAAGAUUGACAUGUAUAGGGGAAACAGCAACCUGGGCUUUUGGAAUGACUCUUAUUGUGACAUGAUCAACGGGACAGAUGCGUCGUCCUUCGCUCCUUUUCUGGACAAGGAGACGCCGCUCUAUUUCUUCUCUUCAGACAUUUGCAGGUCCGUCUCGGCCAGCUAUGAGCAGACGGUGGACCUGAAGGGGAUAGAUGUGUACCGCUACUCCCUCCUCCCGUCCACACUGGCCUCCCCUGUGGUCAACCCAGACAACAGAUGCUUCUGCAAAAACAUGCAGACCACAAAAAACUGCACUUUGGCUGGAGUUCUGGAACUUAGCGUCUGUCAGCAAGGCGCACCCGUCUACAUCUCUCUCCCUCACUUCCUCCUUGGCAGUGAUAUACUGAGGGAGAGUGUGGUGGGCCUCAACCCGCAUCCGGAAAACCAUAAAACCUUCCUGGAUGUGGAACCGAUCACCGGGUUCACUCUAAACUUUGCCAAAAGAAUUCAAGUGAAUAUGAUGUAUGGACCAUCAGACGUCGUCAAACUCUUUAAAAAUAUCUCAGACUACAUGAUACUUCCUGUAGUUUGGAUGAAUGAGACGGCGACUUUAGACGACGAAACCGCAGACAUGUUUAAAAAUGAACUUCUUGGCCGGAUCAACAUGUUGGACAUCAUACAGAAGGUCCUGCUGGGAGCAGGCGCCGCCAUCUUUGUCCUCUGCCUCAUCUUCUACUGCUUUGCAAGGAGGAGCCACAAACGGAGCAAGACUGUGUAGAGGGUUCCCUGCCGUUCGGCCCGUGCAAAGGCACAGUGCACUCAAGCUGCUAUCAGCCGUCUUAAUAUGGACCUGCACUGUUUUUUGUUUUUAUUCCAUCAUUAUUUAUGAUGCUUUGUUUUUAGGUUUAAAAAAAAGGGGGGGGUUAUACUGUGAUUUUUGUACAGCUCAACUGAGAAUUGAUUUCCCAGAAUUCAUUUAAACAGCUGACACUGUAACAUGAACUCGUCUUUUGCUGAAUGACUUUGUUCAGAGUUAAUAAAAGCUGAAAAAGCAA